AGCACAGGACUCGGUUUCCCAGGUUACGUUGCUUCUUGUGUGUCCGCCAUAUUGCCUUCGCCUAAACGCGCUGGCUGGAUCGUCUCUUACAACUGAAAAUAGGUCCAGUGAUGACUCAGACAGUUCAGACCAAUGGGGUCCAACCCCUCAGCAAGACUUGGGAGCUGAGUCUGUACGAGCUACAGAGGACUCCACAGGAGGCUAUCACAGAUGGACUGGAAAUAGCAGUGUCACCCAGGUCCUUGCACAGUGAACUUAUGUGUCCUAUCUGUCUGGACAUGCUGAAGAACACAAUGACGACCAAAGAAUGUUUGCAUCGCUUCUGUGCUGAUUGCAUCAUCACAGCUUUGAGAUCUGGUAAUAAAGAGUGUCCUACCUGUCGUAAGAAGCUGGUGUCCAAGAGAUCGCUGCGCCCAGACCCCAAUUUUGAUGCUCUGAUUAGUAAGAUUUACCCGAGCCGUGACGAGUACGAAGCCCACCAGGAAAGAGUUUUGGCCCGCAUCAGCAAACACAACAACCAGCAAGCCUUAUCCCACAGCAUAGAAGAAGGGCUGAAGAUACAGGCUAUGACCAGACUACAGCGUGGUAAGAGACACACAGUGGAGAACGGCAGUGGAGCUGAGGAUAAUGGAGACUCGUCCCACUGUAGCAACGCUUCCGUCCACAGCAACCAGGAGGCUGGGCCGAGCAUCAAGCGCACCAAGACGAGCGACGACAGCGGUUUGGACAUGGAUAACGCUGCUGAGAACGGGGGCGGGGACUCGGUGAUUGAUGGUGGUGCCAGUGAAAUAGAGCUGGUCUUUAGGCCACACCCCACCCUGAUGGAGAAGGAUGACGGUCACAACAGUGUGGAGUUUGUCCCUCGCUACAUAAAGACGUCCGGUAACGCCACAGUGGAUCACCUGUCUAAAUACCUGGCUGUGCGACUGGCUCUGGAGGAGCUGAGGAGAAAUGCUGAAGCCAGUCCUGUUAAUGUGGAGGCAGCUUCAGAGAAACAGUACACCAUCUACAUACCUACAGCUGGAAACCAGUUCACUGUUCUGAAUGGUUCCUUCUCCCUGGAACUGGUCAGUGAAAAGUACUGGAAGGUCAACAAACCCAUGGAGCUCUACUUUGCCCCUACUAAAGAACACAAGUAGACGGGCAGGAAAACACACACACACGCGCGCGCACACACUGACACACACACACACACACACACACUCAGAGGAAAAUCAAAUGCAUGGACAUGGCGACCUGUGCGGCACACAGAAUCAAGAGCAGAAGUGUAUUUCUGAAGGAGAUGAACAGGGUUGACUAAAACCCUCAAAAGGACUCUUGUACAUAGAAGAAACCCCUUGUUUUAUAUUAUCUGUAUCCGUGUUGUUUCUAUCUUAGUAUGAUGUAGCAGAUCAGAACAGCAGCCAACAGACUAGACUGCUGACAGUAACUGUGGAUUCUCUCCAAACAAAUCCAGGGUCCAUCUAUAGCGUGAAGUUAAAAGCACAUGGGUAUACUGUCUUCAUCUGAAUGGCCUUUAGGCCGGGACUCAAGGGUCUGUUUGACUUUGGAAGCGACCCUGCAUCACAUGGGUGACAUGUGACUGGAUGUAGGGCCUUAAAAACCAGGACCAGCUCUGUCCAAACAGUGUAGGAGCACACGAUCACUGCCGGUGACCUCCAGGAUAUCAGAAUGAUGUGCAGUGUUAAAAUGCCUGUGAACAGUUUCCCAUGCAUUAAUGGGCCAUGUAAGAUGCAUCUCACAUGCAUGGAAGUAAAUAAAAGUAAAUAUGUGAAUAUGUGUUGCAUUGAAAUGUGUUUCUGUUAGAACACUCUUCUAUAUAUAAAUAUGGUGGCACGGUUAGGUCCUGAGUUCGACUCCACCGUCCGGCCUUGCUGUGUUUUGUUUGUGUGGGUUCUCUCCCGGUACUCUCAGAACAUCCCAGUUGGUUAGGUUAACUGGUGAUUGUGAAUGGCCCACAGGUUUGAAUGGUUGCUCGCCCUGUGACAGACCUGUCGGGGGCGUGCCCCGCCUCUCGCCCUGUGGUAGCUGGGAUACGCUCCAGCAUCCCCGCAAUCCUGAUAAGUGGAAGAGAAUCUUGCCACGUGAAAGUUUACGUGAAAAUGGAAUCAAACCAGCAGAUUUGGUCGUCUUGUCAUGUUGACGAGCACAGCUGGUUUAUGAACCCUGAUUUGAGUUGGAGAAUCUCAGUUGCCCUGAUCUGCUGCCAGUAGGAACAAACUGUCUUCUAAUAUCUGUGGCUGCUCUCUAUGGCUCAUCCUUUUAUAAAUGUCUUUUGUAACAGUAUUUGUGAUCGGAGGCUUGGACAGUUUGACCUUUACAGUAUUCUGUUUGCUGAGGGUGGCUGUCCAUCACAGGGAGGUUGGCUCGUUGCUCUCACAGACACACCCUGGAGAAAUCUUUUGAUACAGUUUGUUUCAUUUUCCACCCAGCAGACAGGUUCCUGAGUGUUCAGAAGAGAAACUCCACCAAACGGGUGAUUCAUGAGUGAGUGGGAGUCUAAACGUGUACCGUAAAUGUUGUGACUUUGUCAACUUGAGUUCAGACUGGUUCCCAGUUGGUACAUUUCAACAAACCACAAACAUGUGCAGAGUUUGAGCUGUGUUGCUGGCUGGUGGGCUCACAGUAUGCUAGCGUGAGCUCACGCUCGGUUGCAUGGACACUACUUGUGAGUGAUUACUGAAAUGUGUUGGUGAGAAUGUGAAGGGAAUAAACUGUCAGUACAGCCUG